CCCAUCCAUCCCUACCUCACAGUGCCGCGCGCUUCGCCCGAACCACACCUCAGCUUUUAACCAGAGCGGCUUUACAAGUGAAACAGACGAUACGUGCGGAUCUAUUUCUCUUCUGCGUGACUCAAGCUGGACUGUAAAACACGGACAUAAAGUCCACACCACGGGGACCAAGUUAGGAAAUAGGGGACAACUUCAUUAUUUGGACGCGCCAUUCACCGCUGUUGAAACCACGCGGAUGUGACAGACUGCCGGAGCGCUGUUUUCUCAUGCGGAGCAAACAGCAAAAAGUAAAACUCCAUUUAGAAAAUUUGCAAGUGUGAAAUGUCCUUUAAUUCUGACUUUGACUUCCAACUUUGACAACUAGUUAGGUUGUGGUUCGUCUCACUCAGCCAGCGCGCUCUGUGUGCCGUACACACCUGAGAACAAAGUCUUUCAUAUGCUGUUCAGAAUAUCUUCUGAUUUUACCGUAUUAUCCAGCUAACACCGCAACUGACGCAAACAUCUGCGUUCAUCUUCUACUAAACACAAACAUCCGUCCACGGACCCAACACCUGGACACAUCUGUCAGAGCUCUCCUCUGCGUUUUGAGGAAGACGCCGAUUCAGUGACAUCUGGAGCCUUGAACUUCAGCCAUUACCGGAGUGGAGACGCCAUGCGCUGAACAGAGCAAGUAGGAUGGCUGCAGACAACUUUUUAAGGACAGAUUUCUGAAUUUUUUUUUUGGAAGCAGAGACAUUUUUUCUAAUGAAAUCCAGCCGGUCUUGAGCAACGAUGAAACUAGAUAAUAACACAUGUUACAACGAUAUCCACAUCAAACCCAGCGAGAGCCCGAGCCCGCUGAUCAGUGCCGUCAUGUUUGCCGCAGGCAUCUUUGGCAACGUGGCUGCCCUGGUGAUACUGGAAAUCCAGCGACGUAGAGACACUAGGACCGGAGAAACAAGGCGACGGUCGCUGUUUCACGUCCUCAUCAAAUCGCUGGUGGUCACAGACCUGGCAGGGACCUGCCUGACCAGUCCGCUGGUGCUGCUGUCAUAUUCACGCAACACUACCUUGGUAGGGCUGUCGCCCAACUCUCAAAGCGUGUGUUCAUACUUUGGUGUCAGCAUAAUCUUCUUCAGCCUGGCCACACUGUUGCUUCUCUUCUCUAUGGCACUAGAGAGGUGCUUUGCCAUUGGGUACCCCUACCUGUACAGCCGGUAUGUCACCAACAAAUGUGCCUAUAUCACCAUCCCGGUGGCGUUUGUGUUAUGUAUGUUAUUCUGUCUCCUCCCUUUUGCGGGAUUUGGUAAAUAUGUACAAUACUGCCCUGGCACGUGGUGCUUCAUUGACAUGAACCCUCAGAAUUUGGAGGACCAGGUCUACGCCAACCUGUACGCCACUCUGAUGCUAGUGCUGGUGCUGGCCAUAGUGGUGUGCAACGGGUUUGUGGUGUACCAGCUGUUCAGGAUGUACCAACGGCGGAGGAGGAACGGCGGCUCGAGGAUGGCGACCAAGAGAUCCAACAGUGAGCGCAGGGCGAUGUCCAUGGCUGAGGAGGUGGAGCAUCUCAUCCUGCUGGUCUUCAUGACCAUCAUCUUCAUCAUCUGCACAAUGCCUCUGGUGAUCCGGGUGUACAUCAACUCCAUAAGGGAUUCCAACUCCAUAAGUGAUUCCAACUCCAUAAGGGAUCCCGAGGAGUCUCGUAAUCUGGACCUGAUUGCCUUGCGCUUUAUCUCCAUUAACUCCAUCAUCGACCCUUGGGUCUUCAUCCUCCUCUCCCCCAGCGUUCUGCACUUUUGCUGGGCUUCGGUUUGCCGGGACAGCCUGGAAACCUCCAGGGGUUCCAUUUUUAAAUUAUCUAUUGCCAAAAGGAAUUCUCCGGCUAACCAUGAACUGCCUCGCCCACCCUUGGAGCAUUUUCACUCUGUGGAAACUCUAUGACCAUAACAGUAGCUUAUUAUUUCAUAUUUAAUUCACUGAAUUGGAUAGUGUGCUCUCCUUAGUGAUCACGUGAAGCGGAGAGGUUUCGUGGGCUACGACAUCCCUCUCAUGUGGGUAGGGUUUAUCGAUUUACAGUAUAUGAAUGUAUUUCCAUUAGAUCAUGGCCCUGUCUGUCUAACUGACAAACAUUUUAACCAGUUCUUUCAGCUGGUGGUUACUGGGUGUUUCCAUUCACUCCUAGCAUUUCAGCUAAGUGUAUGCAUGUGGAAUGCACCUUCUCUACAGCAUCAGGGCUUGACAUUAACACUUUGCAAGGGGAAGUAAAGUCUGUGUUCGGGCAAGUGGAAUGCCUCAUGCAGCUGUCCGAUUGAGCAAGUGAAAAAUAAAUGUAAUCUUGUUAGUGAAAGCUGCACCUUAGCGAGCUAACCCAGUAGCGCAAAAAGGCCAAAAAUUCAAACCUUUUAUUGAACAACGGUCACAAAUUUAUACAGUUGUAUCACAAAUAGUUUUGUUUUUUUUGUUUAAAAGGGGAAAAUGGGUGUAAGAAUAUUUCCUUUGCAGUCACUGGUGGAAAAAUGUACUACAGCAACGUCACAAGUUUAUACUUAGCUAUAUACUUAUUAGCCAUAAAGUGGUUAAAAAUACAGCCUCUCAUUUGCCACAUACUAUUAGUGCAUGUCUAGUAUUGUAACUGUCAGUGUUCUUAUAUCAUUCUGGAUAGAUAAAGGCUUUCUUAAUACCCAUGGUGAAAGAAAGACUUCAUUCUGUGAGGACCUGGAAUAGACAAACUGCAAGUGCUUUUGUCUACAUUGUAUUAAGACAAAGAUGUUUGGUUGAGAAGCUUGUGCAUGGAGAUGUGACAGAAUGCAACAUAGUAAAGAUAUUCAGCUAUCAAGAAAGGAGGUAACCAAUGACUUAAGGCCUUGCUGUCCAUGCUUUCUGAUUCAAAUGCUGCUUUUCCAAACUGUUGUUACUGGGCCACCAACAGUAACAUGUGAUUGUAUUAUAGCUGUCAAAAAAAAGAAAGAAAUCAUGCCUAGAGUCCAGGAAACUUGCCUAGAUAUAGACAUGUUCAUACAAGUGAAAAUGAGGACUCAAAUAUAGGCUUCAUCUUUAGAACAUUAUCUUAUCACCUCUGAGCUUCUUUACCUCCGACUCUAACCCGUGGUCUGCUUUGGUAACAUUUCCCCUCACACUCCUACCAAAUUCCUGCUGGAAAGGUCAAAGGGCAAGAAGCCUGGAGAGACAAGAUAAGUCAAAACUUCACUCGCAGUGGGUGGGAGGAAGAAACCAAAAAGGUUAUGUUCAUGAUAUAUAUUUCAUUCAUAUGUACAUGUACAGUAUGUAGCAUAUACUAUUAUAUAACAUUUUAUGAAAAUAUUCAUAUGAGACUACAGUUACCUUUUGACUUGAAAACUUCUGCUUCUUAUAUAAUUAACAGCAGAGAGUAGCCUAAAUAUUCUUGCAUAAUCUGGCUGUAAUUGUAACCCUUAUGAAAAAUGAACGAUAGCACACUUUACUUUUAUCCAUCGACUUUACAACCAAGGUGCCAUUUGAACUGCAUAGGUUUUAUUAGGGAACAAUGUUAUUUUUGUUCAAUGUGUGUCUUUCCAGACGACCACCAUUCAUAUGGGACGUCCACUUAAGUUGCUGCUAAUAGCCCAGAUGAAAAACGUCACGGUUUCAAUCUCUAAUCACAUCCAUGUUUAAAUGCCAACUAAAGCAAAGCCAAAAAACGCUGGUUUUAUUACAUGGUUCAUUACGUUAUGACUAACUGACUUGUUGAAAUCAGAGGACCAGGGAGUUUCCUGGAAAAAGCAGGUCAUUUUCUCCACUAAGUUUGUACACUGGUAAAAGUUACACAUGAUGGAUUCAUACUGGUUUAAAUGACACAACACCAUGGGGAAUUAAAAGUAGUACAGAACCUCUUCCUUUUAAAUGAUUCAAAUUCAAACAGGGCUCAAGUGUCUGACAAGAAAAUAAGCUACUACACAAUUUUACGGGAUUUCCGGUCAUAAAUCGCUCAAAAUAGAAAAACAAGUUUCAAGAAAGAGUUCGUUCCUCAUUUGUGUGAAAUGUGA